GCACGCUGCAUUGUGGUUGAACUACAAACACAUUUCUUCUCGAUAAAAGUCCUCGGACGACGCCAAAUUCGAUUCAUUUCGCCAGUGUCCAUCGUCCCUUACUAAUAAGCCUACUUCGUCUCGUACUUUCACUCUCAUCUAAUGCAUUGAGCAGAGUCUCUCGCUGUGAUUAAUUGUUCCGCAAUCUAGUGCCCACUGGAAGCAUCAGCGUUCGAAACGUGACAUACUGAGCAAACUCUCGCGCGUUAUCAGUCCAAAGUGGAAGCUGUCAAGUGCUGCAACAGCUGUUUAUCAAAACCGCUUUAGUUGUUUUUUCGUCUGCCAAACAAAGGUCUUCAAACAAAGUCAUGAGCAAAAUCGCAUCGUUUGAAUCCUAUGGAGAACCCGCGCCCAGCUCCAACAAAGGUUCGUACGUGAGUGAUGGAAGCAAUCGAUCCGGAUCGGUAACGGUGAAAACUAUGGACGGGUCACACCAUUCGGAGGCCCAGGCUGUCAGCCUCACGGUGGACGGAUUCGGAACGGUGAAAGAUCCGCUGAGUGGUGAAGUGCAACCGGUGAAGCGGUUCACCUGGACGAACGAAAACGGUAUGUCGGUUCAGGUGAUAUCCUACGGAGCCAUCAUCACCUCAAUCAAGAUUCCCGGAAAGAAUGGCGCGGUGGACGAUGUGGUCCUAGGAUUCGAUAACAUCCCCGGCUAUCAGGGAGCAAAUAAUCCGUACUUUGGGGCCACCGUGGGUCGGGUGGCCAAUCGCAUCGGAGGCGGUCGGUUCACCAUCGACGGAGUGGUCUAUGAGAUCACGAAGAACUUCGAGGGUCGUCAUCAGCUGCACGGUGGCAAAAUCGGAUUCGACAAGUUCAACUGGACCUCGCAUGUGGAAGGUACGGUCGUUACUUUGAGCCACACGAACAUGGAUGGACACGAGGGAUAUCCUGGAACGGUGCUGGCUUCGGUGACGUACGAGCUGAAGGAGGACAAUCGGCUCGUGGUCAAAUUUCAAGCGGUGGCGGACAAGCCCACUCCGGUCAAUCUGACGAACCACUCGUAUUUCAAUCUGGCUGGGCAUAACACAGGCCACGAGGAGGUGUACCGUCACAUCAUUUCGCUGAACGCCGACCGCAUUACGGAAACGGACGAGGACUCCAUCCCGACGGGCAAGUUACUGUGCGUCGGCGGAACGCCAUACGAUCUGAGAAUUCCUCGGGAGCUCGGUCCGGCCAUGUCGCGAACUCCGGGCGAGGGCUACGAUAACAACUUCUGCAUCACCAAGGGCACCGAGCAGGGUAUGACCUUCACCGCUCGGGUCGUGCAUCCCCAUUCGGGACGCGUGCUGGAGGUUUACACCGAUCAACCGGGCGUCCAGCUGUACACUAGCAACUUUAUGCCCGAUCCGAAUCGCAAUAUCCGCCCGAAGCCGAUCAACGCCGCGGACUAUUACGAGCUGACGCAUCUGGAACCGGUGGUGCCCUCGAUGGCGACCGAUCUGCCCAUCCGGGGUAAGGGCGGUGCCAAGUACUUCAAGCACGGUGCCUUCUGUCUGGAGACGCAAAACUACCCCGAUGCGAUCAACCAUGCCAAUUUCCCGAACUCGGUGCUGGUCCCGGGGGAGACCUACUCGCACGAGGUGGUGUACAAGUUUGGCCUGCUUGAGGAGAACUGAUGAUAGAAUGCGGGGAACAAUUUUAACUGGUAAAGGAAUGUUAUGUAAAUUUAGGAAUAUUUUUGGGUAUAUAAAUCUUUGAUCUUA